AUGCGUAAGUGGUGCCAUACAUUGCUACUCCAGGGGUACUAUUGCUUGUUUCUCGGUGGGUCUGUUGGUGAUGGGGGUGGGAACCGGCGGGUUCAAGUCCAACAUUUGUCCACUCAUUGCAGAGUAGUACCGCGACGACAAAUCCUACAUCCGAGUCCUUCCCACUGGAGAGCGAAUCAUUGUUGCUCCAGCUGCCACAGUCACACGAAUCUCUCUCUACUUCUACAUGAUGAUCCGCAUCGGCUCGUUGGUUGGCCAGAUAUGCAUGGUCUAUCCCGAGCGCUAUAUUGGCUUCUGGUUAGCCUACCUGCUCCCAACGGCGAUGUUUUGCCUCUGUCCCACAUUUCUGUUCCUUUGCUGAAAGCGCUAUUAUCUCCUCCCUCCCACUGGUUCGGUGUACUCUCGCGCAUUCCGUCUUUGGUGCCUAGCCAUGAAAGGCCGAUGGUCGCUCAACCCGAUGCACCUCAUAGGGUUGGCUUACAAUCAAAUGAUGAACAAUCUUACAUCCUAAGCCGCCACACUGGCAUUGGGUGGGGUACCAAAUGA